UCUCUGGGGCCAGGCCAUCCAGCCAAAAGGCAGGCCGAGAGCCGGAGAGGCACAGAAUCCGGCACUGGUUUCAAGGCAGCCAGCUAGCCCGCCGCCUGUCUGUCACCAGAGCCAUGGAGAGAGCCAGUCUGAUCCAGAAGGCCAAGUUGGCAGAGCAGGCUGAACGCUAUGAGGACAUGGCAGCCUUCAUGAAGAGCGCCGUGGAAAAGGGUGAGGAGCUGUCCUGCGAAGAGCGGAACUUGCUCUCAGUGGCCUACAAGAAUGUGGUGGGUGGCCAGAGGGCUGCCUGGAGGGUCCUGUCCAGUAUCGAGCAGAAGGGCAAUGAAGAGAGCUCGGAAGAGAAGGGCCCCGAGGUGCGAGAGUACCGGGAGAAGGUGGAGACCGAGCUCCGGGGCGUGUGUGACACGGUGCUGGGCCUGCUGGACACCCACCUCAUCAAGGAGGCCGGUGAUGCGGAAAGUCGGGUCUUCUACCUGAAAAUGAAGGGCGACUACUACCGCUACCUGGCUGAGGUGGCCACUGGUGACGACAAGAAGCGCAUCAUUGACUCAGCCAGGUCGGCCUACCAGGAGGCCAUGGACAUCAGCAAGAAGGAGAUGCCACCCACCAACCCCAUCCGCCUGGGCCUGGCCCUGAACUUUUCUGUCUUCCACUACGAGAUCGCCAACAGCCCCGAGGAGGCCAUCUCACUGGCCAAGACCACCUUCGACGAGGCCAUGGCGGACCUGCACACCCUCAGCGAGGACUCCUACAAAGACAGCACCCUCAUCAUGCAGCUGCUGCGAGACAACCUGACGCUGUGGACCGCCGACAGCGCCGGGGAAGAGGCCGGCGAGGCUCCCGAGGAGCCCCAGAGCUGAGCCGCGGCCGCCCCCUCCCUGCCGCGCCAGGCCCUCUCCAGCACCCCGCCCGUGGCAGAGAGGACUAGUAUAGGGUGGGAGCCCCGACCCUUCUCCCCCAACGCUCUGCCCCCCCGCUCACAAAAGCUCCGAGGAGAGGGACCAGCAGAGCCAGGGGGGCCGGCUCUUCCUGCAGCUGCCGGCGCUCCUCACCGGUGGUCAGCCCCCCACCCCUGCUCUCUGCACCCCUCCUCCAAACCCCACCGCCAACCGGGCCACCUCUAACUCCUCUUGCCUCCCUCCCGCCCCCGUGUGCCCCUGAAUCUUAGGAAUUGAGGAGUGUCCCACCCUUGCGGCUGAGAGCGGGACUGUGUGGCAGAGUCUGGAAAUGAGUGAGAGACUGAGAGCGAGUGAGAGCGAGUGAGAGCUAGCGCGGAGGACCCAGGAUGACAGGGAAUGCGUGUCUGCUGGCUGUGACCCUGUUUCCUCUCAAUAAAGUUCCCCUGUGACACUC